AAAAAAAAAACCGAAGCCAUUGAAGCUGGAGGAAGAAGAAUAUGGAGAGUUACUUGAACGAGAAUUUCGAUGUGAAGGCGAAGCAUUCGUCUGAGGAAGCCCUCGAGAAAUGGCGGAAUCUCUGCGGCGUCGUCAAGAACCCUAAACGUCGUUUUCGCUUCACCGCUAAUCUCUCCAAACGCUAUGAAGCCGCCGCGAUGCGCCGCACGAAUCAGGAGAAAUUAAGGGUCGCAGUUCUCGUGUCUAAAGCCGCCUUCCAAUUUAUCUCUGGUGUGGCUCCAAGUGACUACACAGUCCCUGAAGACGUGAAAGCUGCAGGCUUUGAGAUUUGCGCUGACGAAUUAGGAUCAAUCGUGGAAAGCCACGACGUUAAGAAGCUGAAGUUCCAUGGUGGAGUCGAUGGGCUUGCAGGUAAGCUCAAGGCUUCUCCGACCGAUGGUCUCUCAACGGACGCUGCUCAGUUAUCCCAAAGGCAAGAACUUUUCGGAAUCAACAAGUUUGCAGAGAGCGAGCUGCGCAGUUUCUGGGUCUUUGUCUGGGAAGCUCUCCAAGACAUGACCCUUAUGAUUCUUGGUGUUUGCGCGUUCGUGUCAUUGAUCGUUGGAAUAGCUACUGAAGGAUGGCCUAAAGGCUCACAUGACGGUCUUGGCAUUGUGGCUAGUAUCCUCUUGGUUGUGUUCGUCACAGCGACUAGCGAUUAUCGCCAGUCUUUGCAGUUCCGUGAUUUGGAUAAGGAGAAGAAGAAGAUCACUGUUCAGGUGACGAGGAACGGGUUUAGACAGAAGAUGUCUAUCUACGACUUGCUUCCUGGUGACAUUGUUCAUCUGGCGAUUGGAGAUCAGGUUCCUGCUGAUGGUCUUUUCCUCUCUGGAUUCUCUGUGGUGAUUGAUGAAUCGAGCUUGACUGGUGAGAGUGAGCCUGUGAUGGUGAAUGCGCAGAAUCCUUUCCUUUUGUCAGGAACCAAAGUGCAGGAUGGGUCUUGCAAGAUGUUGAUUACAACAGUUGGGAUGAGGACUCAGUGGGGAAAGCUAAUGGCGACUUUGACAGAAGGAGGAGACGACGAGACUCCAUUGCAGGUGAAACUCAAUGGAGUUGCUACCAUCAUUGGCAAAAUCGGUCUUUUCUUUGCUGUGGUUACCUUCGCUGUUUUGGUGCAAGGGAUGUUUAUGAGGAAGCUUUCAUUGGGAUCUCACUGGGUUUGGUCUGGUGAUGAAGCGUUGGAGCUCUUGGAGUACUUUGCAAUCGCUGUGACAAUCGUUGUCGUUGCUGUUCCCGAGGGAUUGCCUUUAGCUGUGACUCUUAGUCUUGCGUUUGCGAUGAAGAAGAUGAUGAACGACAAGGCUCUCGUCAGGCAUUUAGCGGCUUGUGAGACUAUGGGAUCCGCAACGACGAUUUGCAGCGACAAGACCGGUACACUCACGACCAAUCACAUGACAGUGGUCAAGUCUUGCAUCUGCAUGAAUGUGCAGGAUGUAGCAAGCAAAGGCUCUAGCUUGCAGUCAGAGAUCCCUGAAUCUGCUCUGAAACUGUUGAUCCAGUCGAUUUUCAAUAACACUGGAGGAGAAGUCGUUGUGAACAAACAUGGGAAGACAGAGAUCUUGGGGACACCAACAGAGACUGCUAUAUUGGAGCUUGGAUUGUCUCUUGGUGGUAAGUUCCAAGAAGAGAGGAAGUCUUACAAAGUGAUCAAAGUCGAGCCUUUUAACUCCACAAAGAAGCGAAUGGGAGUUGUGAUCGAGCUUCCCGAAGGAGGAAGCCUUCGUGCUCACACGAAAGGAGCUUCAGAGAUUGUUCUGGCUGCUUGUGAUAAAGUUGUGAACUCGAGCGGUGAAGUUGUUCCGCUUGAUGAAGAAUCAACCAAGUAUCUGAAUGUUACGAUCAACGAGUUUGCUAAUGAAGCUCUUCGCACUCUCUGCCUUGCUUAUAUGGAUAUUGAGAACGGGUUUUCGCCGGACGAUGCAAUCCCUUCUUCUGGAUUUACUUGCGUAGGGAUUGUUGGAAUCAAAGAUCCUGUUCGUCCUGGAGUCAAAGAGUCCGUUCAGCUCUGUCGCCGUGCUGGAAUCACCGUGAGAAUGGUUACAGGAGAUAACAUCAACACAGCGAAGGCAAUUGCCAGAGAAUGUGGGAUUUUAACCGAUGACGGUAUAGCCAUCGAAGGUCCUGUCUUCAGAGAGAAGAGCCAAGAAGAGUUACUUGAACUGAUUCCAAAGAUUCAGGUGAUGGCUCGUUCUUCACCAAUGGAUAAGCAUACACUUGUGAAACAGUUAAGGACAACGUUUGAUGAAGUUGUUGCUGUGACUGGAGAUGGAACAAACGAUGCACCUGCGCUUCAUGAAGCUGAUAUUGGACUAGCAAUGGGAAUUGCUGGAACUGAAGUAGCGAAGGAGAGCGCUGAUGUCAUCAUUCUCGACGAUAACUUCAGCACGAUCGUCACAGUUGCUAAAUGGGGACGCUCUGUUUACAUAAACAUCCAGAAGUUCGUUCAGUUUCAGCUUACGGUUAAUGUCGUUGCUCUGAUUGUUAACUUCUCUUCGGCUUGCUUAACCGGGAGUGCUCCUUUGACUGCGGUUCAACUGCUAUGGGUGAACAUGAUCAUGGACACACUUGGAGCUCUUGCUUUAGCUACAGAGCCACCGAACGACGAGCUGAUGAAGCGUUUACCCGUUGGAAGGAGAGGGAACUUCAUCACUAACGCGAUGUGGAGGAACAUCUUAGGACAAGCUGUAUACCAAUUUAUCGUCAUCUGGUUUCUCCAAGCUAAAGGGAAGUCCAUGUUUGGUCUCGACGGUCCUGACUCAACUCUCAUGCUAAACACGCUUAUCUUCAACUGCUUCGUCUUCUGUCAGGUAUUCAAUGAGAUAAGCUCGCGAGAGAUGGAAGAGAUCGAUGUUUUCAAGGGAAUACUAGACAACUACGUCUUUGUGGUUGUGAUUGGUGCAACGGUCUUCUUUCAGAUCAUAAUCAUUGAGUUCUUGGGAACAUUUGCUAGCACAACACCACUCACAUUGGUCCAAUGGAUCUUCAGUAUCAUCAUUGGUUUCUUGGGUAUGCCAAUCGCUGCAGGAUUGAAGACGAUCCCGGUUUGA